AUGGUGCCAUUCAAUAUUGCCUUCCGUCAUCGAGAUCCAACGCCUCUGGGUAUUGACUAUGUUAUUUUACUCGAUUCUGUUGUUGAUGUUAUUUUUUUCGCUGAUAUUUUACUUAAUUUCCAUACAACAUUUGUUGGCCCCGUUGGAGAAGUAGUAAUAGACCCAAAAGCAAUUAGACAUAAUUAUUUCAAGUCUUGGUUUUUAAUUGAUUUACUUUCUUGUUUGCCUUAUGAUAUAUUUUAUAUGUUUAAACAGGAUGAUGAAAGAAUUGCCUCUCUAUUUAGUGCCCUAAAAGUUGUCCGACUUCUCCGACUUGGAAGAGUUGCCCGUAAACUUGAUAAUUAUUUGGAAUAUGGUGCAGCAACUCUCUUACUUUUACUCUGUGCCUAUGUUCUUGUAGCUCACUGGAUGGCCUGUAUUUGGUAUGUAAUUGGUGAAUACGAGGCUAGAAAUAAAUUUCAUUUUCUUCAAGAACAGACUUUGGCUGAUGGUUGGCUAAUCCGUCUUUCAUAUGACUUAAAAAUGCCAUUUAAUUCGAGUGCUUCAAAUCUAAGUAGAUUAGUUGGAGGUCCAGAUAAAACACAUUGUUAUGUGUCUUCUUUAUAUUUUACAAUGUCUUGUAUGUCCACCGUUGGGUUUGGAAAUAUUGCAAGUACAACUAUGAAUGAAAAAAUAUUCGGAAUUUGUAUGAUGAUUAUUUCUGCACUUUUGUAUGCAGCCAUUUUUGGUCAUAUGACUACAAUAAUACAACAAAUGACUUCCUCUACACAGAGAUAUCAUCAAAUGAUUAGCGAUGUUCGGGAAUUUAUUCGUCUUCAAGAAAUUCCCAAAGAUUUGGCAGAAAAAGUAGUUGAUUAUAUUGUUUCGACCUGGACAAUAAGUAAAGGAAUUGAAUCAAAUAAAGUUCUUGGCUUUUGCCCGAAAGAUAUGCGGGCUGACAUUUGUGUUCAUAUGAAUAGAAAAGUUUUUAAUGAACACAUUUGUUUUAAAUUAAUGUCUGAUGGAUGCGACCUUCUCUACCAUACAGGUGAAUCUGUAGAUGCUUUAUGGUUUGUAGUUCAAGGAUCUUUGGAGGUUAAGCAGGAUGAUGAAGUUGUGGCUAUACUCGGGAAGGGAGAUGUUUUUGGAGAUGAAUUUUGGAAACACAAUAGAACCGGUCAAUCAUCGUGUAUGGUUCAGGCAUUAACUUAUUCUGAUUUGAUAAAAUUUCGUAAAGUUUUGGAUGUAAAACGAGAACAAGAAUUGGAAGAAAGGCGAAAAAUUGAGAAAUUGGAAAUAGCAACAGACCAUCCAAUUCGGAAAUUACUUCAAAGAAUGCAGGAACGACAUGCUGCCCGUAUAGCUUCAACUCGAGCCGAAGAAGAAAUUCAUUUAGUUCAGAACGAAAUAAAUACAAUUAUGGAACAUGGAAAUUCUCUUGAUGGAAAUUGUGAUGGGGGAAGUGAAAGAAUAGAAAUGUCUGGGGUUUUAAAUAAAUUGAGUAGGCUGGAGAGAAUGUUGGAAACUUUGAUAGGAAAACAAUUGGAAGAAGGUAAAAUUUAA